AUGGGGUAUCGCUUCAAAAAUGACUCAAUAGGUCCAACAGUCAACGUGAUUAGCUGGUUUCUCAUGGUGGUCAAUAUUCUAGCCGUUCUCGCAAGAAUCGGGGCUAAAUUCCGACUGUUUCACAAAGUGAAAAGUGAUGAUCUCAUCAUCAUCGUAUCAAUGUUGUUCAGUAUUGUUCAACUUAUAUGUGUUUCUGUGGCCGUCGGCUCUGGCUAUGGCAACCAUUCAGACAAGAUCAGUGAUGCUGAAGCCGUUAUUGUAAUGAAGGGUAUAUAG